AUGCACUUCCAUCCCCACAAGCGCGGCGAGCGCAAGAUGACCGCUGCAGAAGCUCGACGAGGUGGAAAACCUGGCGACUUGGAUCCGCCCAUGGAGGUGCUGAAGACAAACUGGCUGCGAGAGGUGGACGAGAUCAUUGGGGACGACAACGAGCCGCUCUCCGACGACACGAGCAAUAUUUCUUUACCACCAGCUCCGCCUCACCCGCAACAGACACCCGCGCUGCCGAAGGUCGAAGCAAAGGCACCACCCACCCCAACAACACCUUCCACGCGGUCCAUGGCCAUUGAAAGCAUCGUGGACAAAGUAGAACCAUCUUGA